AUGAGGCAAGGUCAUGCGAGAGUCCCAGAUGGUUUCCUGUUCUCUGGAAUAUACAAGGUAGGCCUUCAGGUCUCCAGUGCACAAGGUCCCCACGCCUUGUCCAAGCCCCAUAACCUCCUCGGUUCUUUGAUCAGACUUGGAGAGAGGAUCUUUCGUUCCUGCCUGCAAGCUGUAGUCUCUCCCAGCCUCUCUCAUCAGAAAUACCUUGUCGCCUCUUGGGGCCCUCAAUGGAAUGGGGCUCCCAUCUGCUGCUCCCAGACAGGGAAGCAGGUACAGUUGCUCCUGAGGCUGCAGUCACAUCUUCUCCAGCACUUUCCUCCUCCCCCACCUCUCCUCGACCCUGGGAAAGUCAGGAAAACCUCCUCUUCAUGCACCCUCAGUAACCCAGAGCCCACUGCUCUAACUGCAGAGGAGCCGGUGAGAGAAGAAAGCAUCACAGAGCAGCACGGGCCUGCCCUGGACCCUCUCCUGGGAUCUUUCACUCAGGUCAAAGGCAAAGAAAUGGAGCUCAGGUCACAGAUGCAGGGAGAAUGCCAGUCGUCAUCCAAAGCCCUGACCUGCAGCAGCUUCUUCUGGAUGAUACCCCCUCGCCUUUGUGAAAACUCCCGAAUGCAUUGCGGUCACUGCUGUGCAACGGGGUUGCCAGUUGAGAGUGCGGUCACGGAGCAGGCAAGCAAAGUCUGGACCGUGGCAGUCACAGCGCCCUCCUCCAAGCCCCGGGGGAACAACAACAAUGCAGAUGGUCGGGCCCUCUAGCCUCCAGGUGUACACGCUGAUUUCCCAGCCCAGCAGGCUCCUCCUUGGGGCUUCUGGCGGUGAAGUCAAACUGAAGUCGAUUAAUUAAACACUGUAUUGAUUGCAGGUGCUCUGGGGGUUUCUAAAAGGGCUAGCUCCCUGAAGUAGCUUCUCUUGAGUUAGUAGCUCAUCUUCCCCUUUGCAAGUGUGACACUGAGAACUUGGUCACAGUCCUCCCACACACCCACCCUGAUGUCGGCUCCCGCUUCCUUGAAAAUCCUACUUCUUGCCUUUCCCAAAAGACAGUCACGGCAAGGAAAGAGAGAGGCCUGCUGGUUUCCAGGUCAUGUUGAUUUAACACUUCGUCAUUGAUGCAUCCUGGCUGUCUCACUUGUAGAUUUUCAUUUUUACAUCCUGCUAAAUACCUUGCAGGGGUGUCGUCUCUCUUCAUUAGUGAAUGUUAGCGAAGCACGUUAGAGAGGGAAGUGCUGUGUCAGUGCUAAAUGUGACCCAUCAGGGAUCCUCAUGCUCUCCUUUGUCUGCACAGGGCUUUUUAGUAGCACACUAACCAUGAGAGGGAUUUGCACUUGGCAAAAAACUUGGGUAGUCUCCGCUGGAUUGCAGAUCACUGGAACGCAGGUUCUUGGUGCAGGAGCAAUUGCACAGGGCAUUUUGCAUCACCACACCUUCUGUCCCGGAUGUAACAGAGUUUUCUCUGUUGAUUCAGAGUGCUGUGAUCUGAUGAGGGCUGAGGAAAGACUAUUUCCUGUGAAUUGUGCUGCUUUCGUGGUAGACCCUUAACCUUCCGGGUACGUAGUGAGAAAUCCAUGGCUGGGUUUUGUUUGUUUCCUUUUUUUGUUCACUGAGAGGGUUACUGAAACAAUUGAACUGUGUUUCCAAUGUGUCUAGAGUAGGAAAAGACUGGUUUGAAAUUACAGCAUGUGAAAUUAAGUGUUGGGUAAUAUUUCACUAAGAAAGAAUUUAAAUACUGCUUUCAUUUGCUUUUGUUAACAUACUCAGUAAAUCUGAGUUUAUAAAAUGUCUACAUAGAGGAUCAGGUCCAGAAUCCUUAUUAAGCUGUUUUAUUUCAGCAGCCCAUCUCUGCAAACAAAAAUAAUGUUUUCUUGUAGAAUACUGAAGGGUUUCCAUUCUUUAUUGUUUUCUAAUUCUCAGGUAUUAACCAGGUGGAUAUUUAAAACAAGAAACCUGGGGCAGGCAUGAUGGCUCCUGCUGCUUAGGAUGCCAGCAUACUAUAUUAGAGGGACAGUUCAAGUCCCAGCACCUGCGCUUCUGGUCCAACUUCCUGCUAAUGCAUCCUGGGUUGGCCCCUGGCACCCUUGGAAGAGAUCUGGAUGGAGUUCCUGGCUCCUGGCUUCACCCUGGCCCAGCCCCGGCUGUUGCCAGCAUUUGGGGAGUGAACACAAAUGGAAGUGGAUGGAAAGUCUUUCUGUCUUUCUCCCUCUGCCACUCUACCUUUCAACUAGAUGAAAACAAAUUUUCUAAAAAAUAAAAAACUGCUUAAAACAAAGCAGAUAAAGUUGCAAGUUUCUAUUUUGCUUAACAGUGAGGGUUUAUGAAAAACAUGACUUUUUUGUUAAAUUUUUAUAGAAACAAAAAAUAAACUAUAAUUCGCAGCCUGAAACUCACUUGAUAUUUCUUUGCAAAUCCACACAGUGGCUGUUAACUGCAAAUAAUUACAAUAGUGUUGCUAAAUCCAGACUUCAUUGUAAGAACACGGCUUAUCAUCCUUUAUCUUCAUUUUCAGUGUAAGAAAAUCCUCCAUUUAUUUUUAAUAAUCAAAAUUCCUCAAGACUCCAGCAGGAUCCUCAGUCAAUGCAAAUUUGCCUAGUUCAUCUUCUUCCACUCAACUUGUUUUUCUAUAAUUAGGUGCAGCUGUCACCAGGGAGCCACGUUCUUGUGGGCAGGUAGCUAUGGGUACAGCAGGCAGGCUUCAGUCAAACAUUUCCCUUAAAAACAUCUCUCCACGUUUCUCCUCAUUUCCAGUGUGACUGGUUCUGUAAAGAAGAAUUUGUUUGCUACCUGGCAGGUGUCUCGCUUGUCACUGUUGACCCUCAUCCCUCCCUUACAGCUCCUUCUUCAGGUUCAUUUAGUGAGAGACAUAAAUGCAUCUCUAAAGAAUGUCUCAUCGGGCCAACUUUUAGCCUGCAUACAUGAUAUUUCUCUUUAUAGCUUCCAUAUUUUUAUCAAGACAUAUCCUCAUUUCAAAAUGUAGUUAUAACACUGCUAAAAACUUGGCAAGACCGUAUGAUAAGUAUAAUGACAAGACAAGCUUCAGAAUAAUAGAGUAAACACCUUCCACGUCCUCCCCUGUAUAUGUAUAAUCUUUACAUUGCCUUUCUCUUCAGUGUUUGAUAGAAAUAGGACAAACGGAGGUGUUUUUCCUACUUCACACGCAGGUAACCCGAUCCUUCAAGCCCUGUCACCAGAAUGUGUGGGCAUUUCACCUCACCCACAGCCAAUCAGUUCCCCAGCUGUCACUGCCUGGGAGCCCACAGUUUAACUCCAUUCCGACUCUGCCCACCUGGUAACAGCGUCAGAUCCCACAGGUUAAGGGCUGUGUCCCACAAGACCGCGCCCUCUCCCCUCCCCCCAUCAGAUGCCCAUGCAAAGGCCCAGGUUAUGACCUGUGCUUCUGGCCAACUGGCCAUGAGUCAGGGAUCCCACAGCCCCUCCCCGGGUUCCGUGGAUGUGCUGAGCCACACACAGAAGCCAGGGGAACGCUUCCUUCCAUUCGCCGGUUUGUUAUAAAUCAUGUAGCACAUACCACAGAG